AUGCAGCCGCCAACUGAAGCUGAUGGAUCUGAGCCAUGGCGAGGAGCGAUCCGAAUGGAAACCCGGGCGGCGCUCCAGGAAGUGUUGACUGAUAUCGGAGUGCCGGUGAAGGGCUCCAUCACGCAUCCACCCUCCCCAAGUCGCCAGCCGGAAGCGCGGCGGACGCCUUCGGCCCCAUCACAGCACGUACGUUUGCCUUUGCCUGGGAACCUUCACCGCGCCGAUUCGAUUUCGCCAUGGGGACGAGCUGCCACUGCUCACCAGUUCACCCGAGGCAUCUCGGAAGGAGGUGCCGAAGUCAUGCUCAAUGACGCAGCCAUCGCCGAGGCCCUGCAUGAGUGGCACCGCCACCCAAGAAAGCUGCGAUCCAGAAGCGCUUCCCCAACGACCAAGAAGUUUCGCAAGUUUGGACAAAGCAGUGGGGGUCGAUUUAAGGAAUUCAAAGCUCCAAGCAUGCCGCGAGAAGAUCAGCUUAUUCGAACAUCCCGCCGCUACAUGCAGAUGGCGAACCCAUUAUUAAUCAAGGAGUUGACUGCGCCUGCGGCGUCCAGGCUCGCGGCCGUGGUGGAAUCACCAGAAUUCAGCGGCUUUAUCGGUGCCAUGAUUUUGGCCAACGCAAUCUCCAUCGGCAUGCAGACCCAGCAUGAGGCAGAAACAUGGAGCCUCGCAAUACGGCCUGCUUUUGCCAUAAGUGAAUUGUGCUUCGCGUUGGUAUUUGCUGUGGAGCUAUCGCUCCGCUUGGCAGUGGCGGGCUGCGAAUUCUUCACUGGGCCUGAGCGCAAUUGGAAUCUUUUCGAUACAGCGCUGAUCUUGGCACAGGUCGUGGAGCAAAUGAUCUUUGCAGCAGUCAUCUACCAGCAUGGCACCUUGAAAGGUCUCAAGUAUUCUGACUUGAUGCCGGACAGUGUCGUUCUUCGCGCUUUGCGCAUCUUCCGGCUGCUCCGUAUCCUGCGCGUGCUGCGAAUGAUGCAUAUCAGCAGCGAGUUGCAGGCCAUCCUGACUGCGAUUGUCAAGGGGCUGCGCUCUUUCAUUUGGACCUUGGCUUUCAUGUUCUUGGUGCUCUAUGCAGUGGGUGUCUUCCUCACCCAGUGCGUCACUGAUUACAAAGUGGCUCGAAAGGCCGAUGGUUCUGCAUCCGAGAAGCUGCAGGACUACUUCGGUUCGCUCCCCGAGACGAUGUUGGCCUUGUUCCAGGCGAUUACAGAUGGCCAGGAAUGGCGAGAGAUGCUGGAGCCCCUAAUCUGGGAAAUCUCGCCUUGGAUGGCGGUCCCAUUCUGCAUGUACAUCUCUUUCAUGGCCUUCGCCCUUCUGAACAUACUGACGGGCAUUUUCGUUGACAGCGCGCUGGACAACGCGCAAGAGGAGAAGCGCCGCUACCUCCUACAAGAAGUGGGCCUACUCUUCAGGGAGGCAGAGAAGGAGCAGAUCACCUGGCCGGACUUCCAGGCCCAGUUGCGCAAUCCGCACAUGCAGCAGCUUUUUGCUGCCCUUGAUGUGGAUGAAGAGGAUGCUGCGGAACUUUUUCACAUGCUCGAUGCUUCGCACGAUGGCUACAUCCAAUCCGACGACUUCCUCAACGGUUGCUUGCGCCUUGACGGUCCGGCCAAGGCCAUCGACCUGGCAGCCUUCAUCGAAGAAAGCCGCAAGGUCAAUCGCACGUUCCUGGAGCACGCCAGGUUCGUCAGCCAGACUCUCGGCUGGCUGGUUGUCGGUGCUGCCUGUUCUUUCUACUCGUGCUCUGAAGCCGAAGCCGUGUCGGCUCAGCAGGCUAGUUUCGUGGUCAGGCAAACCAUCCAUAACCCAGCGCCCAGCGCUGUACCAAGGAAGCAGAGGAUGCAGUGGAACCUGCGCAGAAUUGUCUGCGUGUCGACGCUUUUCACUUAUGCGGGAUGCACGGUGGUCGCUUCCGAAGAAUGGAGACACACCUCCGAAAUCACCCGCUCCCAGCACAGCGAAACGCAGGAUGUUGCGGCCAAUAGCAGUCGAACACAUGUCGCCAUCUCUGCGGGUGGCCAGCCUUCGGUGAUGAGAAGAGAGGCUCCAAAGCACGAGCAAAGGGAGGGCAAGACAGAGCACCAGAAGACCCUGGAGCGUGCCUUGGAGAGGGCUUCCGAGAUCGCGAGGGAGGCUGGCCCGGAAGAUGCAGCUUACAGGGAGAGUCUUCUCAAGGAAGCGCUCAAACUUGUGGAGCAAGGUGAGGAGAAACCGUCAGCAGCCGUGCAACUUGGGGAGAACGAGGCACAGAACGGCUUCACAGCCUUGCGCAACAGCACGACCCCCGGUGCCACAACAACGACGACAAGCCAGCCGUCCACUACAACAUCCACAGAGGCCUCAACGACGACCACUGGGAAGUCGACCACGACUACCAAAAAGACUUCGACUGCAACGACCACCCGCCCAGCCACUACCACCAAGCACGCUGUGACGUUCGAUAUCAUCACUACAAAGCCUCCUCCUCAUGCGGCUCCUGUGCUUAGCCACGCCCCACCGGUUACGUUGCCAUCAGAUAUGUCCCACGAGCAGCACGACCAUUUGAACGGGGACGAGUGGAACGCCCACAUCUCUGACCACUGGGGCAUGCACGGUGGAGGUCAUGAGCCAGUACAGGAAACAGAACCCUGGAGCAUCCACACAGAUGCAGCAGGUGUUGAGCAUGAUGAAGCUGAUGGAUGGCACGACAUCAUUCAGCACGGAGACGACGACCAUGCGAGCCAUCCCAUGCCAGAGGAUGACAUGCACCACAUGGAUGACAUGCACCACAUGGAUGACAUGCACCACAUGGAUCCUAUGGUGCAUGAGCCUGAGGAAAGGGAGCUGGAUCACGAGCUGCCACACGUGCAUAUUUCAGUCGAGCCUCCACCUUCUGGCUCUGCACCUCUGGCUGUGGAAGACUAUGAUCAUCCCAUGGCUCCGGUGGCACCGCCGACCCCUCCGCUGACGGAUCAGGCCAUAAAAGAUUCCUCAGCCGCUGGAGAGGAGGCAGCAGAUGCUGCAAUGCAGAUGGGCUUGCCAGCUGAACGACAAGCUUCUGUUGCUGCUGCAGCUGCGGCAGCGGCUGCCGCAGCCGAUGGAAUGAGCCAUGAUCAGCAAGCAGCUGCAGCGAAGGAAGCUGCCGAUCAUGCUCGCUGGUCUGCGGGCACGAGCUCCACCCAGCCGCCGAUCCCAGAGCACUUUGAGGACUCUACGAUCGAGACGUGGCCGAUGACGUUCGAAGCGAAGGGCUGCCACAAGGCCGCCUGUGGCCCUAUUGAUGGGCUGUUCCACGAGGUUGGCGAGAGCGAGGGCCAUCCGAUGUAUGCCAAGGACGGCGAGGAGGAUGUGACAUUGUACUUCCUCAAUCAUGAGAACAUGGCGAAGAGGGGUUGGUGGGUCGGCCAAUUUCCAGGCUCUACCACGACGUAUGCCUUCAAUCCGUCGGAGGAUGUGCUGCCUCCUAUGCUUGGAUGGCAUGUUCCCUGGGACAGCCCUCUCCCAUAUGUGGGCUUGGAGUUUGUCAAGACAGAAGAUCACGGGGCCGAGUUCGACAAGGCCCCAAAAGAAAGCAACCACAGCCACAUGCCGCCAGAGGAAUGGGUGCACACUGCGGAGCAUCUGGAACAUCUGGAGCAUUCGGAGCAUUUGCCAACGGAGCCCAUGCCAGCCUACGAAGCAAGUCACUGCCUCAACGAGAGUGUUGCUCCGAAGGGCUCCUGGGUUGUCUACAACGGCACUGACGGAGCUCAUUCUCAGCUGCCCGCCUUUUGCAAAGGAUUCGACUCCAACGCGCUUGUGCCGGAGGAAUGCUGCCACAUCCCAAACCUGCCGAACAUUUUUAGCGUCAAGUUCGAGGAGGUCUACGGUCAGCAUGGCGAAUGUGCCAGCGUUGAAGGUCACGGCCUGUUCCUGGAGUCAUUCAAAAUUAAGCUGAGAUGCAACAGUGAUAAUUCCAUCAUAUACGGGCAUGAUUGCAAUGCGGGCUGCCAAUGUGGAUCCGAGCAUGUCUACCAGCACGGAUGCUAUCGUGGAGUUGAUCGGAUCCCGUCAACGACGUGGUUCUUCAUCGUGGGUGGCUGUGAGUGUGAUUCAGCGCUGCCAACUCCAUACCAGGCCAUCACAGGCCAUGCAGGGCCGGAGCUGCACAUUGACGAGCUUCCCUCCAUGCAGGUGAGUGGUGGCCAAGAUCCGACAACUGCGCAUGUUAUUGUCGGGAUCUACAAGCCCGUCGGCAUCCACCAUGACAAGCCGAGCUUCAAGAAGACAGCUUCCUCCACCGAAGACGAGGUUUCUAUCUACUACGGUCCGAGCAGCUCUGGAGAAGCGGAAGGCUGGUGGAUCGGCUCCGGAGCAGGAACUGCGCAUGUGUAUGCGUUCAACCCCAACAAGGAGGAGCUACCGCCCUUCAGAGGCUGGAAGGCCCCCUGGUGGAGCGGCGUUGACAUGACGGUCAAGGUUGACAUCGUUGACAAGGAUCGCCAUCGCACCGACAUCGUAAGGGACCUCCAGGAGCACGAGGACCAUGAGGACCAUGAGGAUCAUGAUGAUCAUGAUGGUCAUCAUGAUAAUGAGCCUCACGAGCACGACUUUUCCGAUCUCGACCCACAUGAGGACGAGGCCAUGAAGCCGGAAGAUGUCAUGCCGCCGGAGGACCACUUGCACGGCGAACAUCAUCCAGACUUGGACCAUAUGGCCCCGAUCAUGGAUGCUUUUUCCAAGGCUAAUGAAGGCACCAAUCAGCAGAUCCUAAAAGCUUUGAAAGCUAUGAUGGAGCACAUGAAGGACGUCGAGAAGACUGUGGAGGAAAUGCAGGAAGAGAUGCACCCCAUCUCGCCUGUACAUCCCUUGGACGAGGCCGAAAACGCUUCCUCCUUGUCGGGCAAAGCUCUGAGCGCCAGCGGCUGUUCCACGGAAGCGAUGCGUGACAAGAUAGAAGGGAAAUUCUCGCCGGCGGGAUUUUACCUGGGGCGGCCAGUGUACCACAGGCAGUCUGGAGCGCAUGUGUUCAUCUACUACCACCACGAUGGAGAUGAUGCCAGUCUUCACGGAUGGUGGUUCGGACCUGACACGAUGGAGUUCGGCACCAGCCAGAACUGGGCCUUCAACCCCGAGGAUUCCGUCACUCCUCCACUCUCCGGCUGGCACGUGCCAUGGAAUGGGCCAGUGGAUCCGGCUUUCAAGCUGACGGAGGCGGCGGAGGAGGCUAUGAGCAUCGUCAAGAAUCACAGUAUGCCUCCUGAGGAGCACAUCGAGGAGCCAAUGCAAGUCCCCACAGAUGGUGAUCCUCUUCCACCUGAGCCGACCCCGCCCAUCUCUGAAAGGCCUGAGCACGCGAAUCUGGUUCCUCCAUCGGCGUUCAACAAGGACCUGAACCCCGAGCAGGCGCGUGAGGUCAUGCAGGACCAGGCCAAGAUGAUUGCGGCCGCCGUCAAGCAGCUGUCGAGUGGCAAGGACCUGGCGGACCUGGUCUUCGGUAUCGACACGAAGAUCAUCCCCCACGAGCCACCCAGCGAUGAGUUCAUUGCGCGACUUGCAAAGGAUCCAAAGCUUGCAAAGAAAGCGCUCGAAAAGCUCGUCACGGUCUUGUCGGAGGCCAAUCGGAGAUUGGAGUCAGGGGAGGCCUUCGCUGACGAGAUCUUCGGCCGCCACAUGGACAAGUGGUCGGCCGAGGCCGAGCCGAAUGUCACAGAGGUCUCCGCAACUGCCUCCACAACUUCGACAACCGGCGCACCCGCCGACACGGAGCCGCCGAUCGAGAACUCGGCUGCCGCACCGCUGCUCAAGACUGUCGACAAGGUGGCGACUGCUGCCAAUGCAGCAGCGGAGAAGGCCAGGAAGUGGAAGGCUGCAGAGAUUGCAGAAGCCCAAGCCCAACACGAAGCAGAGCAGGCCAAGAAGGAAGUGGAGAAGAUGACCGUUCAGGCCGCAAAAGAGGAAGCGGAGAAGGCUAUAGAGCAAGCAGCCGAUGAGGAAGCAAGGGAAGCAAAGCAGGAAGCGACCAAGGAGGCGGAAUCAGCCGAAGGCGAGGCGAAAGACAAAGCCACCAAGGUUGUGGCCGCCAAGCAGAAGCUGGAAGAGUUGAAGGGCCAGGUUCCAAAGGAAGCGAAGGAUGCCGCAGACAAGGCCCUGCAUACAGCAGAGGAGCAUGCACAACUGAAGGAGGAGAAGGUGCACGAGGCCAGGUUCGCCCUGGAGGACUUGGGAGCAGAAGCUCCGCCAGAGGUCAAAGAAGCCGCAGAAGAGGCUUUGUCCAAGGCGGAGGAGGAAGCUGAUACUGCCAAGACCGAGGUCGAAGAAGCCAAGCACACCCUAGAUGCCAUGAAGAACACGGUGACGCCCGAGCAACGUCAAGCUGCCGAGAAGGAGCUGGAGCAGGCACAGGAGGAGGCCAAACAGGCUGAGGCUAAGGCCAAGGAUGCCGCCAAGAAGGCAGGGGACAUCAAGCUAACCAGCCACGACCCGGCCUCCGACAACGUGCUGUACACUGACAGCCAAGUGAAGGAGGAGAAAGGCGGGGCCGUCGUGAUGGGCUCGGAACCGCAGACGGACACCGAGAAAGACCUCCAGGAGCAGCUGGCGGCCUUGCAGUCCAAGCUGACAGGCAUGGAGCGGCUCCAGGUCAAGGACCAGCUGGACGACCAACUGAAAGACAAUCUUUCCGCCUCGCUAAGCCAAGCGGACAGCGAAUUGGCGGCCUCGGCCAGAGAUGUGCAGGUACAUGCCGUGAAGGCACCGCGCGCCCUGGCUGAGAAGUCUGGGGAGGAGCCUGAAGUCCUCGUCGCCACGAAGGAGCAGACGGCCAAACCCAAGAAGGGAAAGGGCAAGGGAUCCGGCGUGCUCCUAAUUGUUCUUGUCCUGACGGUCCUCAUUGGCGUGGUUGCCGGUGCAGUCUUCCUGAAGCGCCGGAGGAAGACCCAGGGGACACAGGAGGCCAAGGCAGAAGAAGCCCAGCCGCUGCUGGAGCAGAAGGAGGCCAACGGCAACGCAGAGGCCGGUGCCGAGCCAGCGAAGACUGCCAGCGAGGAGGCGGCAGCGGGUCAGACCGAAAGCCCUGCUGCCUAA